ACAGAUGAGGAAAUUAAAGACCUGAGUGAGAGAGAAGUUAAGAGACUUAUUCUGGAUUAUGUACUUAGCAGGGGACUGAAGCAGAAUUUGAUUCCUGGUCUGUAUAAAUCCAUGCUGUUCUGAUAACUUUACUAUAACACGACGUCCAGGAAGAAUUCUGGGGCCAUAGAUGCUAGAAGUGGAAAGGGCAUAGAGAUCAUUCUGCUCAUUUUCAGGAGCGACUAUGUCUUUUCAGGUUCAUGCACAGAAUACUGGCAGGUGUAGCAUGCUACCCUCAGCACACACCCUUACCUGGAAUGUCCAUAAAUAUCCACGACCAUUGCCUGUUACAAAUGACCAAUGGAAGAUCAGAAUCAGACAGCAGUGACUGAAUUCCUUUUGUUGGGCCUCACAGAUCAUCUCUAUCAGCAGAUCAUCCUCUUUGUCACUCUUCUCUUCAUCUAUCUUGCCACUCUGGGGGGUAACUUGGGGAUGAUCACUCUCAUAUGGAGUGAUCCCAGACUCCACACACCUAUGUACUUUUUUCUUAGCUACUUGUCCUUUGUAGACAUGUGUUCCUCAUCUUCCAUUGCCCCCAAGAUGCUGUGUGAUAUCUUUGCAGAGAAAAAGGGCAUCUCUUUCAUGGGUUGUGCUGCACAGAUGUGGUUCUUUGGUCUUUUUGUGGCAACUGAAUGUUUCCUCCUGGCUUCCAUGGCCUACGAUCGGUAUAUGGCCAUCUGUAAGCCCUUGUUGUACACUCUUGUUAUGUCCCAGAGGGUGUGUGUGCAGCUGGUUAUGGGUCCUUAUGCUGUGGCUUUUAUAAGUACCACGACCCAUACCACAUUGACGUUUUGCUUACCCUUCUGUGGUUCAAAUAUUAUCAAUCAUUUUUUCUGUGACGUUUCACCACUGCUUUCCCUAGUGUGUGCAGACACCUCAGUGAUUAAAUUUAUGCUCCUUACCUUGACUGGAGCAAUAGGAGUACUCAGUGGCCUGAUCAUCACGGUCUCCUAUGUUUGCAUCCUGGUGGCCAUCCUGAGGAUCCAGACUGCUGACGGGAGGAGGAAGGCUUUCUCUACUUGUUCUUCUCACCUGGCAGCUGUCUCCAUCCUAUAUGGGACUCUUUUCUUCAUUUAUGUCCGACCUAGCUCAAAUUCCUCCCUAGAUAUCAAUAAAGUGAUUUCUCUCUUUUACACUGUGGUAACCCCCAUGUUGAACUCCCUCAUCUACAGCUUGAGGAACAAGGAGGUGAAAAAUGCAUUCAGUAGGAAGUUUGAAAGGAAAACUUUUUUUAAAGCUAGGUAA